CGUUAACAUGCGAGUGAAUCUCCAAAUCAUGCUCCAAAUAAACUCUCAACAGCUGCACCGAUCUGAAGCUGCACUGAUCUGAGCUUUAUUUUCUGUGGAGUUGUAUGAAUUCGGAAUAUACUAUUCUUUCAGCAAAAGCGAAAGUAUCAUAGAUGUUGAUCCAAAACAAGUCAGUGACAGUGUCAUAUUUGAAAACGAUACUCUGAGAAGCUUAUGAACCAACUCUUUCGAUUCGGACAGCGGAUUGGACAGACUAGUCUAACGCCGAGGACAUUGAAGCGGGAAUUAAGCAACUUAAACUCGGAAACGACCUGGCGCAGAUAAUCUACCAGAUUGAAGAGCGCCAACUCAACUCCAACACCAACCAACCAACCAAAUAAAUAGUGGAGGGAUCAAGUAAGAGAGAGCUUGUGCCUUAGCCAAAGACGACAUCAACAGAGUCAGCUCUGCUUCUAGGAAUUGAAGACCUUGAUCUAUUAUGAGGACCUCCUUGUCGUCCGCUUGUGGAACUUGACCUGACCUUUACUACGUUGAUGAUCUCGCACUGGAUUUGGCUCGAUUCGUCACUUACAACUAAAGCAUAAUCCAACAUGCCUGCCAUCAUAGCAUUCCAUACACUACAUGAUGCUAAUGUCACCAUUUGUGAAGAUGGGAAACUUCAGGCUGUUCUGGAACUUGAAAGAUUGUUUGCCAAGCGUUAUUUCUGCAGUGGACAGAGGAAAUCUGUUUUCACAGAACAAUGGAAGAAAGCAAUAGAGGUGAUAACCAAAUUCACCGGUUUGUCUUCCUUUGAUGUGGCUGUCUGUAGUUGGGUGCUGCCGUCACAAAGAGAAAUUUUGAAGACACUGGUAAAAGCAGAAAAAUGGAUAAUGGUUGAUCAUCACAAGUGCCAUGCUACAAUGGGUUUAUACGACUCACCUUUCACACAUCCUCUAAUCCUUUCUUACGAUGGCGGAGGUAAUGAUGGAACGUUUAAUGUUUAUCAAGGAAACAGACAAGAUGGAGUCAAACUUAUCGAAAAGGUCCGUCUGAACUUGGGCAAUCCAUACCGUCAGGUCGCCUUGGCAAUGCCAGAAGUAACAGGGCAAGAGUAUGACCCAGAAUCGAUCACCACAUUUAUGAGAUUCGCUCCUCUUGCAUUGUCAGGAAAGGUCAUGGGGUAUGCAGCACUUGGCAAUGUAAGAGACGAGUGGAUACCCCAUUUUUACGAGUUCUACCAAGACUUCCUGACACCUCUUAUUACAAUCUACAACCUAGGAGAAAGACUAGGAGUGAGUCUAGAAUUGAAUGCUCUGGAUAACGCCAUAGCCAGGGAUGUAGCAGCAACAAGCCAGCAUGUAUUUACUCAGCUUCUCCUGGAACAGGUCUCAAAGUUCCUGGACCUAUAUCGCAAGGCCAAUAACUCCGAUCCAGAUGGGAUUGUCCUGACUGGGGGCUGCGCUUUGAAUGUACACGCAAACCAGAGUGUAAUAGAGGAGUUUGGUUUGCCCGUUCAUGUUGCCUCUGCUCCAAAUGAUUGCGGCAUUUCACUUGGAGCAGCUUGGAGUGUUGAAUGCCCUAAAGACAGGUGCCCGACUCUCUAUUCUGGUCUUCCCCUCUUCGAUGGAAACUACUUGGAAGCUGUAGCUCGAGAGAGGGGAGCGAGCAAGGCGACCAUCACAGAGGUAGCCUCUCUGUUGGUCAAGGGUGCCAUCAUUGGUAUUGUGAGGGGUAGGCAAGAGUUUGGUCCAAGAGCCUUGGGUCAUCGUUCACUUGUCUGCUACCCAAACAGACUUGCCUUGAAGGAAGAGAUCAACAAACUCAAAUCACGGGAGUGGUUCCGCCCUCUUUGUCCAGCCAUCACUGAGCGGUCUGCUGCUCGUAUGUUUCUUGGGAGGGAGUCUAGCAGAAGGAAGAGAUGUAAACCUAUAAGAGACUCAUCUCCACCCACACCACAAAGUCAGGUGGAUUCACCGCUUUGCCUACCAGCUGUACAAGGGGAUUCCCCCAGUGAUUGGAUGGGACUUUCCCCUUACAUGUCAUUUGCCCCGCCAUUAACAGAGGAGGCCAAGCAGUUAUUCCCAGCCAUUGCACACUACGAUGGUACAGCAAGGCUUCAGACAGUGUCACCUAGCAGUGAGCCAUGGUUCUAUUCCUUAUUAGAAGAGGUUGGCAAACAAGCCAAUGAUGGGGGCUACGAGAUACUCCUCAAUACAUCAUUCAAUGUCAAGGGUCAACCCAUACUUAACCACAUGAGCACAGCCUUGGAGAUCUUAGACUCCUCUCCAGAAGGUACGAUGACACAUGUACUCAUAGAGGAUUGGCUUUUUACACCAAGGAGGAAGAAAAAAUCUGGAGAUGAGUCUAUAUGACUGGCUUGGGGGACCUGAGUGAUUUAUUUUUUUAUAUUCUGAGUAUAUAUGUAAUGGUGUUUUAAGGUUUAAAACAAUGCCAAAUAAUUUAUGAUGCACAUACUUUUUAUAUUUCUUUGUUUUUUCCCCCUUUCAUUCAGUGCUCUUUUUCAGCAUAAAAUGUGAGGGUUUUGGGUUUGUAUUGUAAUGAAAACUUAGAUCUGUUAUACUUAUAGGGAGUACAUGUAGCAGGCACGUAUGCAGGUCUUUCCGGGGGAGGAGGAUGAUGAAUAAGGCAACAUGGUUUUUGUUUUGUUAUGUUCUUUAAAAGAUUCAUAAUCUACUUUCCAGUGACCCUUUAUAGUGACUAUAUGCGGUGAUCACACUGGCCCCAUGCCACGUCUUUUGAUGUUUCUUCCACCAGCUAUUGUUGUAGAUGAUCAUUAUGGUGAGAGAAAAAAUUUUAAAAAUUCUCUUUAAAGAAAUAAAAACACAUUUUUCCUUCUAAGAAUGCUUUUUUUUUAAAAGAAAGUUGGCAUUGCUGGUUAAUGCCACAACAUACCAUCUUCAUCGGGAAACAUGUUUAGCUGUAUGAUAAACACAAUUCUAUUCUCAUUCCUGUACAAGACAUGUUUCAUUAUUGUUGCAUUGUCAAGAAUAUAAUUUGUCUGCAGAUGAUAGGCCAAAUGCCCUCAAUGUGGGGGUAAACAAAAAUGCCUUUUUUCCGUCCUUAAUGUAGGUCUUGGAACUCUGGAAUUAUAUCUUCUGUCUUUGUGCUCAAACUCACUGGCUUAGAUCAUCAUCUACGUACUUCUUCUUCUAAGGCCUCACUUCCAUAUGCCAAUAGUCAAGGUGAAGGUUUUUCCACCAGCCUCAUGUGGGACAAACUCUUGAUUGGUCUUGAGGGCAGCCAUGACUCUCCCAUCAGUUGACCAUGCCGCUUCAACAUUAGUUUGGGAGGCUGAUUUCUUCAUCAAUUGAUUGUAUUUUAUUAGGUCCUCCUGGAUGGAGAUACCCGAUCCCUUCAAUUUUUGUUGAUCUUUCAUCGGGGCAGCCUACACUCGAUAGGAACAGAACUUCAUUAAGAUGGGCCAGUGAGACCUGUCAUUGUGACCAUUCCGCAGCCAAGACGAUCUGACCAUACCUUCAGCACCAGGUUGUCAGUACACCAACACCUGAAGAGAGUUCCUUUUACCAUUCUACUCCAUUUCAUUGGUUUGACUCUUAUAAGCCUUAAUCCUGCUUUCUAGACUUUAAACUCUGUUUUAUUCAGCGCUACUCGAAAAUCGUAAUUACCUUCCUGCCUCUUUGUCUUCUCCUCAAACUCGCGGUAGUGCUUUAAGAGAAUUUUCUCAAUGUACCUCUCCAAUGCUGAUACAAAUUCCCCUUCACAAUUUAUGCUACUGUCAACACAGUAACAUAUGUCCUGGAUCAUAGAACCCAUAAAGCCGUUGGAGUAUCCACUUGUAUUUGACUACAUACAGGACAGCUACUGCAGCUUGAGCCACACCCAAAGCCAACCGAUGUGCCACAUACUGCUCGGAUAUUAGAGCAGGAUUUGUGGCUUUCAGCUUGGCUGCAACUUGAAUAUGUGUGUAUUAAUGAAUGAAAUAUGUGUUGGAUGCUUGAAAUUCAAUCAGAAAUUAGUACAAAUAACACCAUUCUAACUUUCUUUAGAUAUUGUAGAUUUUCCAAAUGUCUGCAGACUAAGAGACUGAUUUUGGAAGUUACAUCAAACGCUUGGAAUAAUGUUGAAAGUGUUGACAUCUCUAGCAAGAUAUCACGCAUCAUUUCGGUUGUUUCUGCAAAAUAGAAUAUCUUUACCAUGGUGAUAAGACCCUGAGGUUGAGCAUCUCUUCUCUCUGACAGCUCGCACUAAUGGAAGGUUAUGACACUGCCAAAAGUACUCUGGAUGGUAAUGAUGGCUUGAUGUCUUGAUCUCCUUACAUCCUUCACCUCUCAGCUUCAUGACUGGUUUCUCAAGAAUCCUCUACAGGGAGAUAAAUACAUCCUUGUGUGAAUACUUCCUAAACCUUGAGCAUCCAGGUACCAGGUGAAGACAAUCAAUUGUUGUGUAUUUGUUAGACGUCUCUCUCUCCCAACAGCAAACCUUUCUUUCUGAAUUGUCUCCUUGUCUCUCGGCCUCAACAGCAAACCUUUCUUUCUGAAUUGUCUCCUUGUCUCUUGGCCUCAACAGCAAACCUUUUUGUCUGAAUUGUUUCCUUGUCUCUUGACCUCAACAACAAUUCUUUCUGUCUGGAUUGUCUCCUUGUCCAUUGACCUCAACAGCAAACCUUUCUUUCUUGAUUGUCUCCUUGUCUUUCAAAUGUCAGAUUAUGAUGCCAGAAUUCAAUAUGGCUCCUCCCAUACAGAAACUGGUACUUUGGCUGAUUCUUUAUUUGAGGUUACUUAUGAAUGUCAUACAUUCAUCAACUAUCAAAAAGAGAAAAUAAUCAAAGAUUAGUCUAGUGUAUUGAUUUUCUUGAGAGAAAGUAAACUGUGCCAGCUUUGCGGCAUUUCAAAUUCAACUCUUGCUCCAUUUAUUUCAACAGUAAGUAGUAAGUCGCCAAUAUGAUCCAUAAUCUUCUAUAAUUGAGGUGACCUCACCGCUUGAAGACAAGAUUCAUUGGUAAUCUACAUCUGUAUCACAACAGAAGAGAAAAAAUACAUUCUAACACUUCACACAGAAAAUAUUCUUCAAAAUAAACAUACACAAAUCAGCGUCAUUCACAGAAUAUAUCACAACACACAUAUUUUUAAUUUUGUCCUCCAUCCAUGCUUUUAAAAUACAUAUUUUUAAGAUUUUUUUUCAAAGCUAAUCCAGUGAAGAUGUUAAAGAUAUAUGCAUCCCAAUGACUUGGAAAACUGUAAAAGUUCUUAGAAAUCAAUGGUGUGUUGAACUUCUUCCUUACAAAUCCAGUACAUUCCUCUUAGAGCUACACUCAUGCCAUGCCAGUUCAGACCAGUCACCUGUUAAAUUGUAUGGCCAAUACCUCCCCUUUAGAUGAUGCUAGCUACUGGUAUCUUAGCAUAGACACCUUUGUUAUUGAUGGCGAUGUGAUAGCUUAACCACAUUACAUCCUCGGCCUCAAAUCUUCAAGAAACCUCCACGAUAAAUAAUAAUAAUGAUAAUAAUACAUAUAAUUUAUAUAGCGUCUUUUCCAUUUUGAUUAAAUGCUCAAGGCG